UAACUGUAUGGGGGUUAUCCGCGCGCAGUCGCCGUUUGUCAGUUGUUCAGUUAGUACAAAAUGCGCGUGCCUAAUCGCAGCGGCUUGGAAAUAGUGGCGAUUGAUGUCAAAGAUGUCAGAUUUCCUACAUCUCUGGGAUCACAUGGAUCUGAUGCGCUGCAUACUGACCCGAACUACUCAUGCGCCUACGUGACCACGACCACCAAGAAUGGCAAGCAAGGGUUCGGCCUGACUUUCACAUGUGGUCGAGGCACGGAGAUCAUCGUGCUCACCAUCAGGUCUAUGAAGAAGUUUAUCUUGGGGAAGAAUGCGGCCGACAUUUUCGCGGACUUCGCUGGCUUCUGGCGGACUAUUACAAAUGACUCGCAAAUGAGAUGGAUCGGACCUGAGAAAGGUGUGGCACACUUGGCUGCAGCUGCCAUUCUGAACUCGCUUUGGGAUCUCUGGGCACGUCUCGAAAAUAAACCUCUGUGGAGGCUUCUUGUGGACAUGGAACCUGAGGACUUGGUUUCUACAAUAGACUUCCGCUACAUUACUGACGUGAUAACGAAGGAAGAGGCGAUUCAACUACUGAAAGCCAAGCAAGUCGGCAAAGACGAGAGAGUCAAGUAUUUGAUGCAGAACGGAUACCCUGCGUACACCACACAAGUUGGUUGGCUCGGCUACAGUGACGAACUUGUGCAGUCGCUAUGCGACAAAUACCUGAAACUGGGCUUCAAAUACUUCAAAGUAAAAGUUGGAGUAAACUUCGAAGAUGAUUACAGAAGAUGCAGCGCUGUUCGCAAGUGCAUCGGUCCUGAUAAUGUUUUGAUGGUAGAUGCCAAUCAAGCAUGGAGCGUGAACGAGGCUAUCGAGUGGAUGAAGAAGCUGGCGCCUCUGAAACCGAUGUGGAUCGAAGAGCCGACCUCCCCGGACGACGUGCUCGGACAUGCUGCUAUAUCGAAGGCUUUAGCGCCAUACAACAUUGGCGUGGCGACGGGCGAGAUGUGCGCCAACCGCGUGAUGUUCAAGCAGUUCCUGCAGAGCGGCGGCAUGCAGUACUGUCAGAUCGACUCCGCCCGCAUCGGCGGCGUUAACGAAAUACUCUCUGUUUAUCUCAUGGCUGAGAAACUUAAAGUGAAGGUAUGUCCCCACGCGGGCGGAGUAGGCCUCUGCGAGAUGGUGCAGCACCUGCAGUACUGGGACUUCGCUAGCGUAUCCACCACCAUGCAGGACCGACUCAUCGAGUACGUCGACCAGCAACACGAGCAUUUUGUCGACCCUUGCAUUGUGGAAAAUGCUAGAUAUAUGGCGCCUAAGUUACCGGGAUACAGCACGGAGUUCUUGCCAGGAAUUUUGGACAAAUUCGCGUAUCCGAACGGCAGUGAAUGGAAGCAAAUGAUCAAGGAUGGAAUCUUCCCGCCCCCUGAUGAAGCCGAAUUAGUCAAUGUUUAACGGAUACGAUGACAAUACAGUUAAUGUAAAUAUGCAAUUUAUUGAACAAAUAUUUUUGAAAAUCUUUCA